UGCUCCCCUUACUUUGCUAGCACCACUACAUUAUUAAUUCCAACUUUGAGUGAGUACAUUCCCUCUCUCUCUCUCUUCAAUUUUCAUAGCCAUAGCCUAUAUAGUAUCAUCAAUUUGCAUAGUAGAGAACAAAAAGAAGUGUUUUUUUGGGCAGGAAAAUAUAAUGGACUUGAAUCUCAAGGAAACUGAGUUAUGUUUGGGGCUGCCUGGUGGUGGACAAUCACUAUUAAGAGAUCAGAAUAUUAAGAAAAGGGGAUUUUCUCAAACUGUUGAUCUCAAACUCAACCUUGAUGAUAGUACUACUCCCAUCAAGAAUAUGAACACUCCUCCAAAGGAAAAUUCUUCCAACAAGGACUCUCUCAAGCCACCAACUAAGGCGCAAGUGGUAGGUUGGCCACCAGUAAGAUCUUUCAGGAAGAACAUAAUGUCUCAAAAAGGCAACAAUAAUGAAGAAAUUAGUAAGAAGGGACAAAAAACAAUAUCAUUUGUGAAGGUCUCCAUGGAUGGUGCACCUUACCUUCGUAAGGUGGACUUAAAGAUGUACAAAAGUUACCAACAACUCUCUGAUUCUUUGGCCAAGAUGUUUAGCUCCUUUACUAUGGGUAAUUAUGGGUCCCAAGGAAUGAUAGAUUUUAUGAAUGAGAGGAAACUGAUGGAUGUCCUCAAUAGUUCUGACUAUGUACCUACCUAUGAAGAUAAGGAUGGGGACUGGAUGCUCGUUGGAGAUGUACCUUGGCAGAUGUUUGUUGAUUCAUGCAAACGUUUACGCAUAAUGAAAGGAUCGGAGGCCAUUGGACUUGCACCAAGAGCCAUGGAGAAAUGCAAGCGCAGGAGCUGAGCAAUUAAUUAGUUCAGCAACUCAUGGAGACUCAAAAAUAUAUGUUGAUGAAGAAUGAAGCUGUCAAUUUCCAUGAUGUCUGUAUUUUUAUUUGAUAGUCAGUAGUAUAUAUAUAGAGAGAGAGAUAAGUAUCUUUGGACAUCUGUAAUUGGACAAGAAGCAAUAAACGAAAAAUAUACUAUUGUCUGGCUUGUUUAUUACUAAUAGGCUUCGUUUAAUUAUUGUCCCUCAGUUUUUAUUAUUUUUCUUUUUCUUUUUCGUGUUCCAGUUU